UGGAGACGCAGGACGGGGCCCCUCCCUCCUCAGGGGGCAGCUGCUGGCCACGGCUCUUCCUUCCCCCGGGCUGAAAGCACCAUGCCGUCUGCAGGGGCCAGUACCGAGUCACCUUCUCUCAGGGGCAGGCCUUGCCCCCCGACUGCUGCCUUGGCUUAUAUUCGCUCAGGGUGCCCCGCCCACACGUCUGAUUGGGCCGGUUACCCAUCAGCCCGCAGCACCUGAUUGGUCCACUGCACAUCCCGGAAGUGCGCUUCACAUAAAGGGGCUCUGAGGAGCGCCUGCCACCGCUGACAUGGUGAGGGGCUCCUGGUAGCAAAAGUCUGAUUGGACCAUUUAGCGCCAAUCAACUCAGAGCUCGCACCUGAUUGGCCCACCCCACGAUCCAGGACGCACACUGUUACAUAAGAGGCCUCUGAGGCGCAGCUGCCGCGACUGACUCAUGGCGGAGCCGGAGCCGUGGGUGGAGGAACCGCUGCUCGGCCGCUGCCCCCAUGAGAGGCCGCGUUCCGGAAUCCGCUGGUUUCCGGCAGCAAUUCCGAGGGUUUUCACUGGUGCGCUGGUGGCCUUGACAUGGGAGUGGAAAUGCAGGGCCCUUUAUCUACCCGUCCUCACCGACAGUUUGGCCCAGCUGGUCACGUUUAGCAGCUCAUAUAUGUGAGUUUUCUUUUUUUUUUAACUACUUAUUUUAAGAUUGAUUCAUUUAUGCACACAAGAGCGGGGGUACAGGCCAGAGGUGCAGGGGGUGAGAGGAUUCCCCAGAGACAGAGUGGGGAGCAGAACAGGCAGACUGACUGAAGUAGACUGCUGCCGGGAGACAGGAGAGGUCUGCUGUGCCAUGUGGGUAGCUCCCUGGCCUUCAUAGGUUGCAUCUUAUCCCCUUGCACCACCAGGGAGGCCCAAUGUGAGUUUCUUGACGCGCUUCAAGCACAAGGGAAGGUGUGGUCACCUCUUGCCCUUCCAAAGGCAGGGCCUGCACUCUGCACCUUGCUGCUUUUAAUUUAACAACAUGCUGUGGCCUCUCCUUGGGCUCUGAGGUUGGACAUCUUCAGUCAUGCCAACGGUUGCACUUUUCUGGCAUCUCCCCAGUGGCCAUGGUUUAGGUGUAGACCCUCUGAGAGCUUCUGAGCCCAGCAGCUCUGACUCCCCACCGUGCGCCUGAGUGGCCGCCCUGAGCCUGAGGUGCCGCCACCUCCCUACUUACACUCCGCCACCCCGAGCCAUCGCAUUCACCUCCUUGAUCUCGGUAGACAGAACCAGGGGUUUUGCCUCUUCGCUCUAGGCAAGUCCCCACUUCCUGAGGUAUGUCCCUGAGAUCAGUCACCUGGGAGUUCCCUGAGCUGGACAUUGAGCCGUUGUCUUGACUCCCUGACCUUUCCUCUCCAAGAGGUAAUUUCUCUUCUCACUCCUGAAAUUUUCCUCCUCUGAAAUGUCAGCUUUGACCAACAUCACCAUCAGCCCCUUCCUCAUAAAACUUGCGCUCACGGUGAUGAGCAAAUUGUGUUAUUAGCCACGUUGGUUUUAUUUCCAAAUACACUUUCCUGAAGGCUUCCAUUAGGAAGGUUCUUUUAGAAGUCAGUGGUCCGGGUUCCUUCUGAAUGGCUCUGACCUUAUUUCAAGGCUUCCUGUUCUUUCCGCUAUUCUCACUUCGGACUUCUGAGAAUUGCCCCCGCUUGUGUCCCUCAUGCCUGUGCGCCUGGUCUGUGCGUGAAGACCGCGCCCCUGUCAUUGUCCUGUGCGAGGCCCUCCCUGACUGCUCUUGUCACGCCGACUUCCUUCCCCGCCCUCCCCCAGGAGCCUCUGUGACCCCACAGCCUGCCUGACAGGUAUGGAGCAUUCGCCACGUAUACGCUAAGCUCCCAGCAGACAUGGCUCUGUGUUCUUGUCUCGAGUCCCCGGGGCCAGAAGUGCUGCGUGAGCAUGAAACUGGCUGGAAUUGUUCGUUUGGUUACUGAACUGCUCAGCUGCCACUUCUAUCGUGAGAGUCGCUCCUGUGAAGAUCCAAACGUUGUAUGGAGAUCAUGAUCUGACUUCUGUGAGCUGAGCUUGAGACCGACAGUAAAUAACUGGCUCAAGCCAGAACUUGAGCCAAGCAGAACAUCUGUUGUCAUGGACUUGAAGCAGUUAAGGGGGCAAGAGAAUGGAUGGAAAAUCUUGAAAGCAAAGCACUGAUCCCAACUCAGAACACUCUUGAGGAAGAGCAGCCGCAUAGCAUGAAGCUGGAAAGAUACGUAUGGGAUAACCCUUGGUUCUCCAGGUUGGAAGUUCUGGGGUGUAAGGAUCAAUUAGAAUUGUACCACGUGAACCAGAGUACGGCGCUGAGGCAAAUGGUCUUCAUGCAAAAGCAAGUGCUGUCUCAGAGAAGCUCUGACUUCUGUGAACUGGGAGCAGAAUGCAGCCAGAGCUUAAACUUCGUGCCAGCGCAGAGAGUUUCUCAAAUAGAACAUCUCUAUAAGCCUGAUAUAAAUGCUGACGGUUGGAGGUGUAAUUCAGCCAUAAUGUACGCAGACAACGUCACCUGUCAAAAUAAUGAUUACGACGAAGCCCUUUACCAGUCCGUGCAACCUGUUCAGCCUGCAAGAGUGCAGUCUGGAGAUAAUCUCUUCAAAUGUCCUGAUGCUGUGAAAUCUUUCAAUCAUAUCCUACAUUUCGGUGAUCACAAGGGAAUGCACGCAGGAGAAAAACUCUACAAAUAUAAGGAAUGCCACCAAAUCUUCAACCAGAGUCCAACAUUUAAUGAACAUCCAAGACUUCAUAUUGGGGAAAGCCAGUACGAUUAUAAAGAAUAUGAGAAUAUCUUUUAUUUCUCUUCUUUCAUGGAACACCAAAAAAUUGGUACCGUAGAGAAAGCGUAUAAAUACGAUGAGUGGGAGAAGGUCUUCGGCUAUGACUCCUUCCUGACUCAGCACACCAGCACUUACGCCACAGAGAAGCCCUAUGCCUAUGACGAGUGUGGAGCGUCUUUCAUCUGGAGCUCUUACCUUAUCCAACAUAAGAAAACCCAUUCUGGAGAGAAACCCUAUGAAUGUGAUAAAUGUGGAAAAGUAUUCAGGAAUCGCUCAGCCCUUACUAAACAUGAACGGACUCACACUGGAAUCAAACCCUAUGAAUGUAAUAAAUGCGGAAAAGCCUUCAGCUGGAAUUCUCAUCUAAUUGUACAUAAGCGAAUUCAUACUGGAGAGAAACCUUACGUGUGUAAUGAAUGUGGAAAAUCUUUCAACUGGAACUCCCAUCUCAUUGGACAUCAGAGAACUCAUACUGGAGAGAAGCCCUUUGAAUGUACCGAAUGCGGAAAGUCCUUCAGCUGGAGCUCCCACCUUAUCGCCCAUAUGAGAAUGCAUACUGGGGAGAAGCCCUUUAAAUGUGAUGAAUGCGAAAAGGCAUUCAGGGACUACUCCGCUCUUAGCAAACAUGAAAGAACGCACUCUGGAGCAAAACCAUAUAAAUGUACUGAGUGUGGGAAAUCUUUCAGCUGGAGUUCCCACCUUAUUGCCCACCAGAGAACUCACACAGGAGAGAAACCCUACAACUGCCAGGAAUGUGGCAAAGCCUUCAGAGAACGCUCAGCCCUCACUAAACAUGAAAUAAUUCAUUCUGGAAUUAAGCCCUAUGAAUGUAAUAAAUGUGGAAAAUCCUGCAGCCAGAUGGCUCACCUCGUUAGACAUCAAAGGACUCAUACUGGAGAAAAACCCUAUGAAUGCAAUAAAUGUGGGAAAUCCUUCAGCCAGAGCUGUCACCUUGUUGCUCACCGGAGAAUCCACACUGGUGAGAAACCCUAUAAAUGCAAUCAGUGUGAAAGGUCCUUUAAUUGUAGCUCUCACCUCAUUGCACACCGAAGAACUCAUACUGGAGAAAAACCAUAUAGAUGUAACGAAUGUGGGAAGGCAUUUAAUGAGAGCUCUUCCCUUAUUGUACAUUUGAGGAACCAUACUGGAGAAAAACCCUACAAGUGUAAUCAUUGUGAGAAAGCUUUCUGUAAGAAUUCUUCUCUUAUUAUUCAUCAGAGGAUGCAUAGCGGAGAGAAGCGCUUUAUAUGCAACGACUGUGGAAAAGCCUUCAGCGGUCACUCAGCCCUGCUUCAACACCAGAGAAUCCAUAGUGAGGAGAAGCUCUGUGAAUUGAAUUGAUGAGAGUUUUUCUUUGAUUGUAGUUUGAUAAACAUUGGGGGGAAAUCCUGUAAGUGUAAUUAGGAAGGGAAAGUUUUUAGUAAGAGUUCAGGAAGACCCCUCCCCUUCUUACUCAUUAGAAAAUAUCUCCUUAGGAGAAACCUAUGAAUGAAUAGAGAAAAGCUUUUAGAAGUUAAGCCCUUAUUUAACAACGAAUAGUUAUGGCGAAGAAAAUUCCAAACUUCCUUCAUGGUCUACCAGAAAUCCUACUUAAGGAACAGGAAUGUGGAGAAUGAGAAUCUCUUAGAGAUUCCCAACUCUUGGUGGAUCAGAGUGCGUUGUUAACAGAAAAGCCCUAGGCUAAGAAAAAGGUUUUAACUGGAAAUACAGAUUUGCAUUAAGCUGGAGUAUUGGGUAGGAAACUACAUUGACAUUUGUACAUAAUUAUGAAAUUACAGACUUUGCUCUUACAAGGGGAGUGUCUAGGUGCCCUCUAAGGAAUAGAGUAUGCGGCACUAAUGCUGAAUUUCAGAAAAAUUUACUCUCGAAUGGGAUAUUUACUGUUGAUCAAAAUUGACCUUAGGAGUAGUAAGCGAGGUCACUCCUGGUGGACACGUUACUGCUUAGAGGUAGGAGGCUGGACAAAAGGUGACACUUAGCUGCCGGGGUGUCAGCAUCCGUGACUUAUUCAUCCAUUGCUGCGUAGGUGGACAACAGUUCGUAGUUUCUUUUAGGUAAUCACUGUGAGUCGUGAUUAUGGGCACUGCAUCAGUACACACGUGUGAGGGAGUAAGCAACACAAAUGUACAUAGGUAGGUAGAUCGACGAGAGCUAAAAAAUGUGUGUGACUAAGGACUGGCAAGACCGAUGAGGCAUUAACCCAGUUAAUUUAUGUUUUAUUUUUAAGUUUCACAGGGCUGGGCUGUUUUAAUCCUUUUCAAAUAGGAACUUGCUCUGUCCCCUUAAUUCUAGGAAGGUAGGGACUCUAAUAACCCAGCUCUGUAAAAAGGGAAACACAGGCAGAGACACGAUGACACUAACAUGCCUGCAGCCAGGGAGGCGUGACAGGGCGGCCUAGCUCCUGGGCCGUGUUGGCCCCUGUGUUCUGCCGCCUGCAGUGGUGACUGUACCCCUGAUACUUCCUUUUGGUCAGUGUUUCCACGGUAGAUAUUUGAUAAUAAAAAGCAAGAAAUUCCUAAGCCUUGAGAGUAAGUUCCCUGACCGCCCUGAAGGGUUUCUGGUAACACUACUCUCGGCUCCCUCUGGGCUGUGACGUCUGAGGCUGGAGCCGCUGUAUUUUGUGGGUUUGGGGCUCCCUACAGUGUCCCCACCAGUGGCCCCAAGGACGACUGCAGCGUGGGCCGGCAGAGUCCCUGGAGGGUCUGCA